AUGAAUAGAAUAUCAACAGCUGCCGGUGGAAGACUUAUGACUGCUCUUCCAACCGGUUUUUGGGGGAAUAAUAGACCUGGAACAUCUGUUAAUGGAGGCAGACCAAGUGUUCGGGUUCAGGAAGGUGAAUAUACAAAAGUGAUCUACACCCUUAUUACGGAAAAAAAGUAUGAGGAUGCUAAACAAAUUCUUCAAAAUCAAUUAGAAUUCUUUACAGAGAGCAGAGCUGCUCUUUCAUUACUUGCUUAUUGCGACUAUUUGCUUCAGAAUUUUGUUGAAUCUGCACAAACCUAUGAAAAAUUAGUCAAGCUAUAUCCUUCUGUCGAUCAAUACAAAUUUUAUCAGGCUCAAUCUCUUUUUAAGGCAGGAAUGUAUCCUGAAGCAAUCAAGGCCUGUGCUCCGAUUGAAUCGGAAGAAUUAAUGCAAAAAGUUCAAAAAUUACUCUCGGCUUGUCAUUACGAAUUGGAAGAUUUGGCAACAACAAAAUCACAUGCCGAAAAGUGUAUUCAAGAUGACCCAGAUACUUUGGUUCUCCAAGGUUGUAUUUUAUAUAAGGAAGAAAAAUAUGAAGAGGCAAGGAAAAAGUUCCAAGAUGCGCUUAGUAUUUUGGAAUAUCAACCACACAUUGCUUAUAACAUUGCAUUGUGUUACUAUAGAUUGAAACAAUAUAAUAUUGCCGGUAAAUAUAAUCAGGAUAUUAUUGAUAGAGGAUCAAAGGAACAUCCAGAGUUAAGUGUUGGUAGUAACACGGACGGAUUUGAGGUGAGAAGUGUUGGAAACAGUCAAACAUUGAGAAAUACAGCUCUCAUUGAAUCUUUCAACUUGAAAUUCUCCAUUGAAUAUCAAUUGAAGAAUUACGUUGAAGGUAAUGAGGCCCUCAGAGAGAUGCCACCAAGAUCAGAAGAAGAAUUGGAUCCAGUAACAUUACACAACCAAGGAUUGUUGCAAAUGGAAUCUGAUCCUAAUUCAGGGUUUAAAAAACUCAAACAUCUUAUUCAACACCCACCAUUCCCUCCUGAAACUUUUGGAAAUUUGUUGCUUUUAUAUUGUAAACAUCAACAUUACCUUUUGGCAGCUGAUAUUUUAGCAGAAAAUAGUCACUUGUCGUUUAGCUAUUUGAGUCAAGAUUUGUAUGACUUUUUGGAGGCACUUAUUAUGGCUCAAACGAGUCCAGAAGAGGCUUUCAGAAGCUUGGAUAUUCUUGCAACAAAACAUAUCGACAACCUUAGAAAACUCACUAAAAUUAUACAAGACGCCAGAAUUAAGAAGGAUGGCGAUCAAAUGAAAAAGUCUCUUCGUGACUAUGACGAGGCAUUGGAGGGAUACGUACCCGUUUUAAUGGCAAUGUCAAAGAUUUAUUGGGAUAUUGAAAAUUACCCAAAGGUUGAAAAGAUUCUCCUCCAAAGUGCAGAAUUUUGUUCUGACCACGACGUUUGGAAACUCAAUAUGGCCAACACUUACUUUAUGCAAGAGAACAAAUUUAAGGAAGCUAUCAAAUUCUAUCUCCCAAUUGUAACCAAACAAAAGGAUAAUUUGUUAGAUGUUCACGCAAUGGUUUUGGCCAAUUUGUGUGUUUCGUAUAUUAUGAAGAGUAUGAACGAAGAAGCAGAAGAAUGGAUGAAAAACAUUGAAAAUGAAGAGCAAAGAUUGCACAGACAAAAUCCUCAAAAACAAUCUCUUCAUUUGUGUAUUGUUAAUCUUGUAAUUGGUACACUUUACUGUUCCAAGGGUCACUAUGAGUUUGGUAUUUCAAGAGUAAUGAAGAGUUUAAUCCCAUACAAUAAGAAGAUUAUGACAGAUACAUGGUUCUAUGCAAAGAGAUGCUUCCUCUCAUUAUUUGAAACGAUUGCCAAACACAUGAUUGUCAUUAAGGAUCAGACGUAUAUUGAUAUAUUGAACUUUUUAGAUGCUGCUGCAACAUAUGGUAAGGAAAUCAAGACAGCCCUGAGUCCAGAUGCAGAUGGUGCCAGUGAUGCAACCAAUGUAAAUACUUCCAUUCUUGAUAUUGAUGGCAAGUCUGUAGAUGACCGAACAGUAACACAAGAAGCAAGAUUACUAAAGAAAAUGUGUUUGAGAUUAUUAGAAUAA